AUGGACCGUUUUACGCCGGAGUUUAGCGGACAGUUGUUGCUGCAAAUACAGCAGAUAUAUGUGGAUGAGAUCAGGCCGCAGUUCCCGCAACUGAAGUUGCAAAGGCUGCUUGACUUAUUAGAGCAAGCGCAAUGCAUGCUGGAAGACUAUAUGGGUUGUGUAGAUGUGGAUACGUCCAAGGCGGUACGGGUGUUUAUCACCGGUUGUUUUUACAUAUAUUUGGUGAUGCCAGAGUCCAUGCAGUUUCAGACUAGGAGCAAGUCCUAUAGUCUGUACACAGAGCUUCGGCACCUGUAUGAGUCGCAAUUGAACAUGACUAAUGUUAUAGCUAUGGUUAAGGAGGAAGUGGCUCAGAUUCAAGAGCAAUGUGAUAAUUUUCAGGAUAACGAGGGUGUGGAUGAUUCCAAACCACUGGGCAACAACCUAAAGGGGGCGGAUAACAUGCUGAAUCAAGGCAAGCGCUUAAUUACCAGGAGAAGUGCUUAUUCUAUUUCUUCGCCAUCAGGUAUGUCUACGUUAUCCCUACACGAUGAAUUACCUGAACACAGAAGUGAACAACAGACUCGUUUUCCUAGUGUUGAAAGGGAUCAAAGCAAUGGGAUGAAAGCAGACAUGUUGUUAGAAAAAAAACAAUCUCGAACUAAAUCCAACCCAAUCACAAACAUUAACCAACCCAGGAAAUCCUUGGAUGUUACAUUGAAUGCCAAUAAUGAAAUACCUACCUUAUCGCUGCACUCUGAUGAUAAGGCAGUGUUUGACCAACAUAAUGAAGCCAAGUCAUUGCCAGGAACAGCAACUGACAGUGACGAAGAAUAUUAUGUUGAGCACGGAUCACCUAUAUGGACCGCACCAGAUUUAGAUCCAAACGACCAAUUGAAAUUGGCAUUGGGUACUGAACUGUUGUCCCCACCUGUAAUGGGGUUGGAUGGUGACACGCUGGGCGAUGACAUAUACUAUGAAACAGUAUCAAAGGGAGAUGAUGUAUCAUAUCGCGGUAAAGAUUUUGAAGAUUUACACGCUAAUAGACUGAUUACUCAUAGAAAAGAUUCUUACCACUCAAUAUAUAUGAUAGAUGACGAUAACAAUAAUUCCAAAAAUUACUUUGAUGGUUCAAAUGCUUUUAUUCAAGGACUUGAGCGUUUGCAAAAGCAGAGCAUCAUAACAGCGCCUGAACUAUUUUCUAUACUUUCUAAUCCUGAGGAACGGCAUAAAUUAUUGCUAAUAGAUUUGAGGCUGAACAAAAGAUCUAUGGCUAAUCAUAUUGUAGCACCAAAUGUGGUUAACAUUGAUCCAACGAAUUUAUGGGAUAAUGAAGCAAACUCACCCAUUUACAAGGAUACAAUUUUAGAGCAACGUUUGAACAACCCAUUGUUCAAUGGCAGAUUGAAAUAUGACUAUAUUGUUUAUUACAGUGACAUGAAGACGUACAUGAAUUUUGAAUAUGAUUACUCUUUUAUACUUUUCUACUUGUUAACCACAUCAGGAAAGCAUCUUUCUUCUGUCCCCACUGCACUAUUAGGUGGUUAUGAGAAAUGGAAGAAGGUUAUGAACACAUAUGUAAGUCAAUAUCAAAUUGAGCUUGAUGAUUACCUUUAUCGCCCAUACGCUCCAAGCAAUAAUAAAGGUGAACAAAACAAUGCGCAAAUUCCUGAUGUUCCAACUUGGAAACCGCCACCAGUUCCUGUAAUGGUAAGGAAACGUCCACCCCCACCAGUACCUGUUUCAAUUCCUAUUCCUCCUGAAACACCGCCACCAUUACCGCAGAAAAUAAAGUUAGAGUCAAUUGAAGAGUCAGCACCAAGCGAUAAUAGUCAAUAUAUCAGACCACCAGCAAAAUUACCCAUCCAUGCAUUGCAUUCACCAAGAAAUCAAACUCUUACUAGAAAGUUUUCUAUUCCCACAAUUGAAAAAAAUUCCAAUCCUUAUGUGGCAUAUUCAGUCACAGGCUUAAGAAAUUUGGGUAACACCUGUUAUAUAAAUUGUAUGCUUCAGAGUCUUUUUGCAACUAAUGAGCUUAAGAAUCUUUUUAUUUCUGGUAAAUAUAGAGAAUAUCAAAUGAAACCCAACGAUAAUAAAGAAUCAGCAAUUUCCAAUACAUUUGCAAAUCUUUUUAAUAAAAUGUACAUGAAUGGUGGAUGUACUGUUGUACCUUCUGGAUUCCUAAAGAUUUGUAACUUUUUAAGACCAGAUUUACGCAUACCUGAUGAUCAACAAGAUACCCAAGAAUUUCUAUUAUUCAUACUGAAUCGUCUUCAUGAUGAACUCUCGAACCAAGUUAAUGUUAUAAAUGAUUACCCAAACCUACUUCUAUAUGAUGAUGACAAGAUGAUGGUCGAUAAAGAGAAAUAUAAAAAAUGGUUUGAUAAAACAGUGGUAGCAAAUGGGUUAUCCCCUGUUGAUGGAGUUUUUCAAGGGCAAAUGGAGAACGCUUUGCAGUGUCAACGGUGUGGGUACGAAUCAGUCAAUUAUUCGACAUUUUAUGUUCUUUCUUUAGCUCUUCCUAAGCCAAGUGCUCCUGCCUUCUAUAAAUCAGGAAGAGUAAAAUUGGAGGAUUGCAUUAAUAUGUUUACUAGUGAUGAAGUUUUAACAGGCGAGAAUGCUUGGGAUUGUCCUAAAUGUGGUUCAAAAGCUGUAGAGCCUAGAUUUACUAGUAGGACAAGUACACAGACAAUCUUGCCAAAUUCACCCCAUCAUCAUAAAAAAUCAAAGUUUUUUGGGUUACCUACAGGAAAGGCCAUUAGUCGCUCAAAAUCACCAUUCAGAAAGCUGGGUUUAUUGGAAAAGCAUGAAGGCAAGCAAGAAAAAUUGGAUAAGAUGGAGAGAGAUGAAAUAGAAGAAUGGCAUAAGAUGAAGAGCAAGAAACUUGUCACGAUAAAAACAAUCAAUUUUAUUUCAUUACCCAAAGUCCUGAUAAUACAUCUUUCUCGUUUCUACUAUGAUCUCACGAAGAAAAAUGACGCAGUUGUGAGCUAUCCCCUUGUGUUGAAUAUUGUUUUGAAAAAUGAGGAAAUUGUGCGCUAUAAGUUGUACAGUAUCGUGAAUCAUACAGGUAAUUUGAUAAGUGGGCAUUAUACAUCAUUAGUCAACAAAGAUCCUCAUCAUAACCUUGGUAAUACGGAACAGAAAUGGUAUUAUUUUGACGAUGAAGUAGUUAAGGCUGAAAAGACACAUGGUAAUGUAGAUAAAGGUAUAACCAAGGUAUCAAGUAAGAAUGUGUACGUUCUAUUUUAUGAGAGAGUUGAUUGA